GGGGAAUGAAUAAUGGGGAUUUAAAGGAAAAAUAUUCCCCAUUUCUCAGAGUCCUUGACAUUCAUGUCACCGGCAAUAACUUCCCUAUUUCCAGCUCUCUCUUUCAAUUCUUUUGUCUUUCUCUCUCACCCAAACCUUCCCAUGAUUCAAUUCACAGUGCAGGCAAUUUCCGAGAGAAUCUAAGGCUUAAGUUGAAGCUUGAGAAUUGAGGGCCACAAUAUUCAUCCAGUGGCAUGUCAGGACCUGUUGAACGGCCAUCCAAGCCAAAUAUGGAAAAGGAAAAGAUGGAGUUAGAAAGUUCAGAAGAGAAACAGACAAGGCUGGGGUCAAUCAAGAAGAAGGCCAUUCAUGCUUCCCACAAGUUCAAGCAUUCAUUUGCCAAAAAGGGGAGGAGAAACAGCAGAGUGAUAUCAGUUGUGUUGGAGGACGAACACGAUGCCCAGGAAGUCAAGGCAGUUGAUGCCUUUCGUCAAGCCCUUAUUCUCGACGAAUUGCUCCCUGCAAAACACGACGAUUAUCAUAUGAUGCUAAGGUUUUUGAGGGCUAGGAAAUUCGACAUUGAGAAAACCAAGCAGAUGUGGACUGAUAUGCUCAAGUGGAGGAAGGAUUUUGGUGCUGACACAAUAGAAGAGGAUUUUGAUUUCAAGGAGAAGGAUGAAGUGCUUCAAUACUAUCCUCAAGGGCAUCAUGGGGUUGACAAGGAUGGAAGGCCGGUGUACAUUGAGAGGCUCGGCCAAGUCGAUGCUGCAAAGAUCCUGCAAGUCACAACGAUGGAGCGCUAUCUCAAAUACCACAUCAUGGAGUUCGAGAGGACCAACAAUGACAAAAUGCCAGCUUGUUCUAUCGCGGCCAAAAGGCAUAUUGAUCAGAGCACAACUAUUCUCGAUGUGCAAGGAGUGGGAUUGAAGAACCUCACCAAGUCAGCAAGGGAACUAAUCCAGGCCAUUCAGAAGAUUGAUGGUGACAAUUACCCUGAGACUUUGUGCCGUAUGUUCAUCAUCAAUGCUGGAUCUGGAUUUAGGCUUCUGUGGAAUACCAUCAAGUCAUUCCUUGACCCCAAGACCACUGCUAAGAUUAAUGUUCUUGGCAACAAGUACCAGAGCAAACUGCUAGAAAUCAUUGAUGCCAGUGAAUUGCCAGACUUCUUGGGGGGCACCUGCACUUGUGCAGAUAAGGGAGGAUGUAUGAGAUCUGAUAAGGGCCCAUGGAAUGACCCAGAAAUCAUGAAGAUGGUUCGUAAUGGCGAGCACAUGUGCUCACACAAGGUGCUCGUUCAAGCUGACGAGAAAACAAUCUCGGAGGAUGAGUGUACACAUCCGAAGAAAAGUGUUUCGUUCCAGUUGGACAAUCCCAUCAAGCUUUCUACGGUUCGGGAGGAACAGAUGAGCCAGCCUGAUAAGGCACAGGGCAAGGCUCUUGAUGCAGAUUGGCCUAAGGCAGAAAUGUUGGCAAAAGACUGCAACUUUGCUGGUGCAGAAGGUUGUUACCCUGCCCAUGAUCCUAGCAAGGUCCAAGAAAGAACGAGCACGAAUUUUUUCUCGGGAGUGUUGGCCUUGGUGAUGAGCAUUGUCACGAUGGUUCGAAUGACACGAAACCUGCCAAGGCAGCUGAUGACAGACGCGGCCAUGUCCAUGUACUCGAGCCCGAAGAGUCAGCUGCCCGAGCCUGCCAUCUCUGCGUCGGAGUACAUGGCCAUGAUGAAGCGGCUGAGUGACCUCGAGGAGAAGGUGGUUGUUCUUAGCAAGAAGAUGCCCGCCCUACCACCCGAGAAGGAGGAAAUGCUCAACAAUGCAUUAAGCCGCGUUGAUUGCUUGGAGCAAGAGCUUUCUGCAACCCGAAAGGCUCUGGAGGAUGCUCUUGACCAUCAAAAAGAGCUUAUGGCGUACGUUGAGAAGAAGAAGAAGAAGAAAAGGAAGUUCUUUGGUUGCAGCAGGCUCUAAAGGAUGCUCUUAACCAUCAAAAACAGAAGAAAAGGAAGAAGAGGUUCUUUGCAUUCUGAUUUCUGAAAUAUGAAUCCUCCAGGGAAACUGAAACAUCUAGACAUUAUGUAUAUAGGAAGCAGAUGACUCCUUGCUCUCUCUCAGCCCCAGCAACAACAUUAUUCUAUUGAUCAACUUCGUCGAUUUUUUUUAACCAAGAACCACCUUAAUAACGCGUUAUGGGCUGUUCCUCGGACACUGUUGUUGUAUCAUGUAUGUAGCUUUGGUUUGGUUUGAAGCAGUGCUGGUUUUACAUGGAUCAAAUAUGCUGUUUGUGACAUUAACAUUUACCAGCCACUGCUUUUGACCAUGAAUUCAUUCUUGGAUGGUUUAUUACAUAUAUAUGAGAUUCGUCUUCUGUGUGCAAAUGAUAUUUUGUAUAAAUAACAUACAUUCUGUAAUUAGUUUUA